CCAUCGCCUAUUUCAUAGUACAGCUUGUACUCAGUCACAUAACACACGCGCUAACGCUGCUCAUGGCAUCCUAUCACAUGUUAUGUAAUAUAUUCGCGCUCAUUGGCUGCAUAGUAACAAUUAAGCAGACAAUAAUUAUCGCUUGUGUAGACGUGCUAUAAUAAGGGAAACGAACAAACUUAUUUCUAAAACGAUAUCGAUAUCUAAUCGAUAGUACGAUAAGCAUAUCAAGUAAGCAGUAAAACUUUCAACAACAAACAAAUCAAUAGAAAUAGAGCAGAGUUAAAAAUAAUGCAUUAGUGCUAUAUAAAAACAUUAAAAUGGUGAAGGGAAAUCGUAUGUUGUCGCUUAAACAAAAAUUAGAAAUAAUUAAAGCAGUAGCUGGAGGAUGUGACAGAAAGGAUGUGGCAAAAACAUACAAUUGCACUGUAACAACUAUAAGUCGAAUUAUGAAAAAUAAAGAAGUCUUUCUAAGAACUGCGGAAUAUGGAGAUUUGCAUCGGAAGCGUGAGCGUAAGAGUAUUCACUUCAAACUCGAAGAGGCCUUAUGUGAAUGGUUUAAGGAACAGAAAGACUUGAAGACAGUAGACUCGAUAAGUACAAGCGAUUUAUUGAAAAAAGCGAAGGAAUUGUCAAAUGUAGUUGAAAAAGGGUUUGAGCCUUCUCGUUUGUGGAUUGUUAGGUGGAAGAAUCGUAAUGGUAACAAAAUUGCCAGAAGAGACAACGUUGUCAAUGAAGCUUCUGUUGAUUCAUCAUCAUGUAUGAUGGUUGAAAUUUGUAAAGCAGAAUAUUUUGGUGGCGAUGAAGCCAUAACAUGUCUUGCAGACUCAACCAGUAAACAGAUCAAUCAAGUUGACAAUGCUCAGACUAAUAAUUCUCUGCUAACACAAGUUGAUACAAGCAGUGCGGUACAGGAGAAUACUGAAGCGACAAAUGCGCCAGUUGCCGAUUAUGAAACAGAAACAGAGCCAGUGAUCACAAAAAAUUCGGCACAAGAAUGUAUUGAAGAGCCAAAUGCACCGUCCAUAAGUGCAGCGCUACAGGCUCUGUUGGUUGUCAAACAGUUUUUCAUACUUAAUGAUUUGGAAAUCAGUUCACUAUUUAACAUUGAGGAAAAAAUAUUACAGCACUGGAAGAAAAAUAUAUAAUUACAUUAUAUGUCAUUCCGUACAACUCGAAGCAAUGAUUAGAUAUUAAGGCAUAUAUUAGACUAUAAUAACUCCACAAAUUAAUUUAAUAGUUCAAGUGUUACUUAAUAUUGUGGCAAAACUGAAAUUGAACAUAAAUAAACUGAUAUUUAGUACUAUACAAACAAUUUUUGAGAAUUGAAUUUCAUUUAUGGAAGGAAUAGUUCUAAUUAGUUGUCACAGCAGAAAACAUGAUGAAACCCAACUCGAGCAUUUCAUUAGCUCCGCAUAUGCAGAGAGCGACAGUAAUUUACCCAAUAUCCCAAACAAAGAUAAAAUUAUUGUGGUAAAUAUGUCUGGCGCGCCUUCAUCCUCUGUAACCAGACGUCGACGUGAAAUGAAAUUGAGAAACACUUUUGGUUGGACCCGCAUUGAUAUACUGACCAUGUUGAUCGUUUUUAUUAUAUUAGCAUCGCUGUCAUUUUCACUGGUAGUGGAGGCCUUACAAACACUUGUACACAUCGAUCAUCAAGAUACAAUGCACUUGCCAAUUAUUGUAAUGAUACUCGGAUUUGUUGGACUAAUUUUAAAUGGCUUAACGUAUUUGUUAAUUGGUGGUUAUACAAUGCAUCAGGGUAGUUUUUUACAUGUGACCCCUAGUGGUGAUGUAGUUUUGGAUCGUGUACUAUCUAAUAAUGAAGAAUUGAAAGCCGAUGAACGUCAAUUGUCAAAACCAAGCAAUGAGACAAUUGAAAGUGAUCGACAGCUAAAGGAUGACUUGAAGGCAGAAAUCGGUCAAAUACAUUACGUACCAAAACGUCAAGGUGCUGUGGAGAUGUUGCGUGAUGUGUCGAGCACCAUAUUCGUUAUAGUUUGUGCAUUCAUUGUCAAUAUGGCGGAAGAUGAAGAGCAUACGGCCAAAUUUAUAGAUCCUGUACUCUCAAUUUUCUCCUGUGUGCUCUUAGUUUCGCUUAGUUAUCCAUACAUGAAACAGUCGUGUUUAAUCCUACUACAAACAAUACCCGGCUCUAUUGAUAUGGAAGAUUUCGAACGUACAUUAGUAAUGAAAUUCCCCGAAAUCGUUAGCUACCACGAUCUGCACAUCUGGCAAUUGUCGGCACAUAAAUCAGUAGCUACGGUGCACAUAAUGUUUCAGAAUCCACGUCUUUAUACAAAAAUCAUUGAAGAUGUACGUUCAUAUUUCCAAGAUCGUGGCAUUACUGAAGUCACAAUUCAACCGGAAUUCCAAAGUCCGAAAUCACCAUCUAUAGAAUGUUUAAUGCAGUGUAACGCAAGUGAUUGUAUGGACAAAGUUUGUUGUAAGGAUUCACGUACCGAUCUGCGUGAGGUGAUCAGUUCAUCACCAAAUGGCAGUAGCGAAACACACGCCCACAAGUAUUGUAGUGACGAAGGGAGAGAAGUAGAGGGAGAAGUAGAGAAAUCUGGCAUCACAAUUGUUUUGAAAAAUAUAGCUGAUAAGAAGGCCGAAGCUACUACAACUGAUCCAGAAAUGCAAAAAGCGAAUAUGGCCACAACGGAUACCGGAAACAGUAUUAAUGAAAUUGCAGAAGCAAGGUGUGAUAAGCUCGAAAUAAAGUCUACUAAUGAAGCUACAUCAUCUGUUGAAAAGUCUGAAAUCUGUGCUGAUGCAAAAGUGUUGGACGAAAGCAAUGUGUCAAACGAUAGCAGUUGAUUGGCCAUGUUAACGUUACUGCAGGGCUUUCUUUGCACUAAAAAAGCUACCAAAAAAUGUUUCAUACAUAAAUUUUUAAGAAAAAAUAUAUAUGAGGACUAUGCAAUUUAAAUGCAUACACUUGUAUUUUAAAAGUUUAAUUUUAGUUUUGAUACGAUAAUUUUAAGUAUUACAAGAAUUUAUAAUAAUUACUUAUUGUUAAUUGCUUUAAACCGCUGAAUAAGUACAACAAAAAUAAUUAAUUUUAAGAAUACAACAAUAUUAUUAAGUUAGAAAUUCAACUAUAAAACAAGACCCACCAUCCGUGUCAUUGUCGUUUUAAGAUUGAAAUUGUAUGAGUGCUAAGAAAAUUUCUGUGCACAAAUGUUGCUAAAAACAUUAAUUAAUAUGUAAACUACAAAAUUAAAUAAAGUGCUAUAGAAUUCAUACUACCAACA